AGCAGGCGCACACGGCGCUGCGCUUCAGACGCGCGACGGACACGCGCCUGCGACAAGUGCGAAGAAAAGAACUCGACGCGUCCGAAGCCACAGAACAGAACCGGCUCCAGGUGAGACAGGUGAGACAGGAGAGACAGGUGAGACCGGUGAGACAGGAGAGACCGGUGAGACAGGAGAGACCGGUGAGACAGGAGAGACCGGUGAGACAGGAGAGACCGGUGAGACCGAGGCGGGUUUCAUCUCCGGGAUCAGAGACUCUGGGAACGGACCGGACAGAGGAACCGGGAUGUAGUUCUGGAGGUUCUGGAGGUUCCGGAGGUUCUGGAGGAUCUGGAGGUUCCGGAGGUUCUGGAGGUUCCGGAGGUUCUGGAGGUUCUGGAGGAUCCGGAGGUUCUGGAGGAUCCGGACCCGCAGGACCAACUCUCUGCGCCGGGACGACGCAGCAGUGAUGGAUUGAGACCGCGGAGACUCGUCGCGGGAGGAGCAGACGAUUCUCUGUUGAGAUGAUUGACAGAACCUGAAGACUCAUUAGUGCUUUCCGUUUUCUAUUCGUCGUGAUGAAGGACAGAACUGUUGAGCGGCUCCGUGCCGAUUGGACGUGGUCUCAUGACAUCAUGGUGACGUCAGGAAACCAGCAGCUGAGCUUGUUGUUGAACUUUGACCUCUGACCAAUUCCCUCCUCACACCUGACGACAUGUAGUCACGGCGACGCUCUCGACCUUCUGACCUCUGUGACUUCCUGUUUGUGAACGUGUGAAGCUCAGAGUUCGUUUUCAGCAGAGCCUCCGUCGGCCCCUCCCUCCCCCCCACUCACCAGGGCUGGUGGGGGGGGUGGAUCUCGGCCCCCGUGGGGUCGACGCGGUGGUGGCCACGCCCCCAGAGGCCGGGCCCCCCACCAUGGAGACCAGCCCGGAGAGCCCCAACCGGGCCGUGGAGUAUCUCCUGGAGCUCAACAACAUCAUCGAGAGCCAGGCCAAGCUCCUGGAGACCCAGCGGCGGCGCAUCGAGGAGCUGGAGGGGCAGCUGGACCGGGUCAGCCAGGAGAACCAGGGCCUGAGGACGCCUGGGUCGGACACGCCGGAGCAGAACCACAACCACAGCCAGCCUCUGUCUCUCCCCAUCCACCAGGCCGGCGGCGGGACCGGCGGCGCCCCGACAGCUCAGGCCACAACUGGGUCGACCACAGCCACCGGGCCCAGCAGGGAGCGGAGGAGCCACACCAGGCUGACCCGAGGUCAGUCCUGUGGCUCGUCCGCCACCGAGCGACUGGAGCGCACCGACAGCACCGACACCAACGCCAGCUCCACCCUGCGCAGGAAUGUGGAAGGGGAGUCCCAGUGUCCAGAGACGGGCACCCACAAAGACAUCUCCUUCAGCCAGACGUCUUACCUGCGUGGCUCUGAACGCUACGGUGACAGCAGCGGCGGCGGCGGCGGCGGCGGCGUUGGCGGUGGCGGCGCGCCCUCCGGUACCAGGGGCCCCUCAUGCGUGGCGGCCUCCAGCUCAGCCAGCCUGGCCUGGGCCCUACGGACCCGCCACCAACCGGCUAGUCUGGCCCUUCGCAAGCAAGAGGAAGAAGAGAACAAGAGAUGCAAGGCCCUUUCAGACAGCUAUGAACUCUCCACGGAUCUGCAGGACAAGAAGGUGGAGAUGCUGGAGAGAAAGUACGGCGGCUCGUUCGUGAGUCGCAGAGCAGCGAGGACCAUCCAGACGGCCUUCAGACAGUAUCGCAUGAACAAGAACUUCGAGCGCCUCCGGAGCUCCGCCUCGGAGAGCCGCAUGACGCGACGCAUCAUCCUGUCCAACAUGCGACUGCAGUAUUCCUUCGACGAGCGACAGCCUCCGCAGCCGGCGCAGACGCAGACCAACUUCACCCACAAUGUGGCCAUCGGGCCUCCUCACUCCCCCGACCCGGACCGGCCGGGGGGCUACACCCACCUGGAGGACUCCUUCUCCAAACAGGUCAAAUCCUUGGCCGACUCGAUCGACGACGCCCUCACCUGCCGCGCGGGUCGCGACGACUCCCAGGAGGGCAGCAGGGAGGGCGGAGGUAUAAGCGAAGACUUUGGCGAGUGUGUGUGGAGCAGUAGCAGCAACCCGUCCUCCCAGAGAGGCCUGGGGGAAAGAGCCCGGGGAGCCGGGGGGGGACUCAGCAUGCACGGCGACAGUACGGCCACCUCGUACAGCGACGUCACGCUGUACAUGGACGAUGGAAUGCCGUCGUCACCCCUGUCCCUCGACCGGGCCCCCAGCAGCACAGACACAGAGUACUGGGGCCCCGGCGGUGGUGUGGGAGGCCGGGAGGACAGCAGGGACACCGAGGGAGGGGGCAGCAGCAACAGUCGGCGCAGCACCCCGUGCACAGAGUGCAGGGACUAUCGUCUGAGGGGCGCACAUCUGCCCCUCCUCACCAUCGAGCCGCCCAGCGACAGCUCCGUGGACAUGAGCGACCGUUCGGACCGCGGCUCGCUGAGCAGACAGCUGGUCUAUGAGCAGGAGCCUGGGGGGGGGGCUGGCUCCCCUCAGGGGACCCUCAAACACUCCCCCAACACAGGCCCCCGCCAGACCUCCACUGCAGCCGCCCAGGGUCAGACCCGGGCCCCCAGCAGACCCUUACCCACGCAUAUCCCCCACCAGGUGGCGGCUCACCACCACCAUCACCACCAUCCCAUCCACCACCAUCAGUACCCCGACACGCCGUCCUCCUCCUCCUCCCCGCAGCAGCCCCCCACCACCCCGCUGUCCUCGUCGUCCUCCACGGCGCUGCCCCCCGGUGGUCUGGAGCAGCCGUGCUGCUCAGACGGAGACAACGACUCGCUCAACUCCACCACCAACUCCAACGAGACGGUGAACUGCAGCUCGGGCUCGUCGUCGCAGGACAGCCUGCGGGACCCUCUGCCGCCUCUGGGCAAGCAGACGUACCAGAGGGAGAGCCGCCACAGCUGGGACUCUCCGCCCUUCAACAGCGACGUGGUGCAGAGGCGGCAGUACCGCAUCGGCCUCAACCUCUUCAACAAGAAGCCAGAGAAAGGGAUCCAGUACCUGAUCGAAAGAGGGUUUGUGUCCGACACUCCGGUCGGGAUCGCUCGCUUCAUCCUGGAGAGGAAGGGCCUGAGCAGGCAGAUGAUCGGAGAGUUCCUGGGAAACCGGCAGAAACAAUUCAACAAAGAUGUUUUAGACUGUGUGGUGGAUGAGAUGGACUUCUCAGGUAUGGACCUGGACGACGCUCUGAGGAAAUUCCAGGCUCAGAUUAAAGUUCAGGGAGAAGCCCAGAAAGUGGAGCGGCUCAUCGAGGCGUUCAGUCAGAGGUACUGUGUGUGUAAUCCCACCCUGGUUCGGCAGUUCCAGAACCCGGACACCAUCUUCAUCUUGGCCUUCGCCAUAAUCCUCCUCAACACAGACAUGUACAGUCCCAACGUCAAAGCCGAGAGGAAGAUGAAACUAGAGGACUUCAUCAAGAAUUUGAGAGGCGUUGACAACGGUCAGGAUAUUCCCCGCGACCUGCUCGUCGGGAUCUACCAGCGGAUACAGAAGUGGGAGCUGCGGACCAACGACGACCACGUGUCCCAAGUGCAGGCGGUGGAGAGAGUCAUUGUGGGCAAGAAGCCUGUUCUGUCCCUGCCCCAUCGCAGGCUGGUGUGCUGCUGCCAGCUCUACGAGGUGCCCGACCCCAACCGCCCUCAGAGGACGGGGGUGCACCAGCGAGAGGUCUUCCUCUUCAACGACCUCCUGGUGGUGACCAAAAUCUUCCAGAAGAAGAAAACCUCAGUGACUUACAGUUUCAGACAAUCGUUCCCUUUGGUUGAGAUGCAAGUGCACAUGUUCCAGAACUCAUACUACCCUCACGGAAUCCGCCUGACCUCAGCGGUCCUGGGCGCGGAGAGGAAAGUUCUUAUCGUCUUUAUGGCUCCGAGUCAGCAGGACCGCACCCGCUUCGUGAGCGACCUCAGGGAGAGCGUUGCAGAAGUGCAGGAGAUGGAGAAAUACAGAGUUGAAUCUGAGUUGGAGAAACAGAAAGGCGUGAUGCGGCCCAGUUUGCUGACGGGAAGUCUGGUCGGAGGAGGCGUGAAGAGCGACGUUGUGAACGGCACCCUGGGCAGGACGAGUUUCGACGACAACUGCUCGGUGGGCGAGGGUCUGAAGCGCACGGCGCUCAGCUCAUCUCUCAGGGACCUAUCGGACGCAGGGAAACGUGGUCGCAGGAACAGUGUUGGUUCUCUGGACAGUACCAUGGAAGGCUCCAUCAUUAGCAGCCCACAGCCUCACCAGCGCUACACGGUGCCGGGCGUGGUUCCUGGCUGCUAUGGAACAGAAGACUUCCGGCCUCAUCGCCCCAUCCUGAGCCCCGGGACGGGGGUGGGGGGUGGGCCGGGGCAGCAACAUACCACUGCUGGGACAGGAGUUGGGGGAGUCUCCAGCAGUGUCGAGAGAGCAGGAGCGGCGAGCGCCCCUGGGGGGAGCAGCAACAGCAACAGCAACAGCGGCUCCUUCCUGGGCUCACUAUUCGGCAGCAAACGCGCCAAACCACCAGGGCCCCUCAUUCCACCGGGGCCACCUUACCCCGCACCUGUCCCCCCACUGACUACGGGAGGGGCCCCUCCUCACUCCCCUUCAUCGCUGUGCCAGCUGGAGGGGGGGCCUUCCAAGAUCCAGGCACUGCACGCACAGUACUGUCACGCGGCCACCGUGCAGCCCCCGCCACCUUACUACCAUCACCAUCGCUACCACGUCCAAACUGUCCCCCCUCCUCUGCAAGGUGUGGCCCCUCAUACUAUACAAAGAGGCCCACUACCCUGUCGCCCACCGCUUGGCACACCGCUCACCCAGCACCCGCAGCUGGCCCAUCUCUCCCAGCUCUCCCAGCAUGGGCUGCCGGGUCGCUACGCCAACAUGGUGGUGGGGUGUCCCCCCCCCCUUUCUCCUCUCUCCCAACAUUCCCCGAACCCCCAGUUUGCCCUCUACCAUGUGCAGCCCACACACUCUAUCAGAGGGGGCGGCGUCCCUGGUACCAAACUUCCCCUCACCCUGUCUCACUCCCACCCGCACCCCCACGCACACUCCCAAACCCACCCCGGACACGUGCACACCCCCCACCCGGGCAGCCACUCCACCCACCAAACACACUUCAUAUUCGGCACGCUGCCCCACAACCUGCCGUCCGCCUCCGUCAAUGCGCAUCACGCAGCGCCCGUCGGCCCGUAUCUGCCCCAGUACCCACCUCUCUCUUCUAUCCCCCCUCCCCCACCGCAUUCCCCUUUACCCCCCCCUUCGUCCCCCCUUACCCCUCUUACACCUCUCUCCCCUCUCCCCCCCCAGCACCCCGGGCAGCCUCAGCAGGGGCCGCAGGUGACGGGGGCUGGAGCGACAGGUACAGGGGGCAGCUCCAAAUCCAAGCCUAUCAACCGGAUAAGUACCGUGGUGUGAGCAGGAUGUGGGGUCGCAGGGGUCAGAGGUCAGACGACAGAGUGGAGGAGGUGGGCAGAGCGAGGGCGAGGAGCAAGUCCGCCAGGACGGAGAGUAACAGCAGCAGCGGCAGUGACAAGAAGAAACGCAGUUUGCUUCGUCUCUGUUACUUUCACCUCCGUUUCCCACACAUGUAGGUGGAGAUACAGUUAAACAUCAUGUGCACACACAUACACACUCACACACUCACACACACACACACACACACACACACACACACUCACACACAAUGUCAAAAAAGUCUAUAGCCAUAUAAUCGAAGAUGGAACUACAGUACAUCUAUAUCUGGGUAUGUUGCCUCAGUUUUUAAAUCAAUAUCUAGUUGAGCCUGUCUGAGACUAUUUACAUGUACAGUAUCGAGAUGUGAUGAUGUGACAUAUGAAUCCAGCUGCUUUACACGGGGAUGUACAUAAAGACUGAACCACCAGAUGCAUUCCAGUGGAGUUUGGCAUUAAAAACAGAGAGAGAGAGAGAGAGUUGCAAAAAAAAAAUGUUCCUUGACUUUGCAAUAAUUUCCUUGGCUUCACGAUGUCUCUGUCCACUUUUGCAGGUUCUGCUUUUGUUGACAAGCUUUUUCUAAAAAAAACCUCAGACACGUUGCUUUGUCUUAAACUUUAGAACCAGCGCACGGUUUCCUGACAGUCUUUUGCUUAACGGUCUUUUACGUGUCGACAGGAGCCGCCGGCCUGUAGAAUGCGUUCCUCCUCCGGGGGGAUUACUGGUACAAUCAACAAUAUAUUUUGAAUGUUUCUGAAGCUUCUUGCUGUUUUAUUGAUAUUCUACCUGCUAUGAGUGAUGAAUAUUGUCCAAUAACUGUUUUGAUCAGUGAUAAAUUAUAUCAGCAGAUGUUUGUACAUGGUCAUAGAGAGUAUAUGCACAUAUGGAUCCUUCAGUUUGACCAGAGGGAGUUCUGAUAUGUGUGAUUUAUUUCCAUCGUACCAUGGUUUCCAUUGAGUUCAUCUUUUCUUAUAAUUAGUAUUAUAGAUUGAUAAUUAAUUUGACCUUUGUUUUCUGUCGUUUGAUGUGAGGGAACGGGAGCAGAAGUCUCUAAAAGGGUGGUCACCAAAACUUGAAAUUACAGAAUGGAUCUGAGUUCAUGUUUUUGUUUUAAUAUUUCAUUUUUAUGAGGCUCCCCGACAAGAAAAAAAAACCUGACUGUGCUGAUGCUCUUCCUCUGCUCACUCGUCAGAUUUAGUCAUUGUGUUUUUUUCUCCAUGUUUUGAAGACGCACGCUUUGACAUGAGGUUUUGUGGUUUUGCACACGUGAUGUCUUAAGUCAGAAAUGGCCUUCUUCUUCUAGUCCUCCCUCUUCUGCCACUUUUAGAAAUCUCUGAUUAUAUUUUCCGAUGCCUUGGCAUCCAGCUGAGGCCUCCUCAUGUAAAAAAAUAAGAAAAAAAGUCAAGAAUGUAACAUAGCCUGCAGGUAUCUUCUGUGUUUCCUUUUCUUUUUCCGUGGGCUUUGUAUAAGUGUCGUCCCUUUUUGCUACUGCUGUUGUUGAAGUUGAGCACUGGUGUGGUUUUUCCUCUAGUGCCAUUAAUGAAUUACCCAGAGAAAACUACAAGUGCUCUGAUUCAGGAGAGAAGGAAUCUGUGUGGAACAAGCUCCUGCAGGAAAUGAAGAAUCCUCAAGACAAAGUAUUUUACAGAGAUUUGGAGAGAGUCACGAUUGUCAAAUGAAUAUUUCAUAGGUCUGUGUUGGCUUGGCCUUUUCUUUUUCUUGUGUCCCUUUUGACUCUUCUUGCAUGGAUAUAUCUGCACUUAUUGAAUAGAUUGUACUGUAUAAACAUGAAUGUACAUAUACUACUAUACAUAGGCUUCUUAUCAUAACUAUGGGAUGAUCUGCUCCCUGUCUGUAUUCAGGUGCGUGCAUGUGAGUGCCACUACGUGUGUACAUACAACAGAGGGACGGGCCCAAAACUUAUUUUUCCUUUCUUAUGAUUUCAGACUGAAGGUGAGAGAAUGAGUUACCAUGAUAUAAAUUAUUAAAGCCUAUCUAAAAAAAGAUUAUAUGUCAGUGCACUUAUUGAUAUUAUUUUGAAGAAAUGAUUUCAAUUUUUUCCUUUGUGUUUGUAUUUUGUGUACUGAACGAGUAGAGAAUUGAGAUGUGAAUAUUUAUUGCUUCUGAUAAAUUAAAGUGUCCUUGCAGUGAA